AUGAAUCACACACGUGUCGGCAGCAGCAGCAAGCGGCACAUCGCCCCAGUGUGCCACGCACCGCCACUCCUGUCGCGAAAUCCAGCACGCAUCCAAGGUGAGUGGCAAGCAGAAGGCUCUAAGAUAUCGGAGGAAGCUGCUGAGCACCCUGAAACAGAGAGUACUACACCUGGGCAGACCUCAACAAAAGAGUAUGAAGUGCCGUCAAAAGGCUCAGAGACAGUGGAGCAAGAUGUUGACACGCCAGAAACAAUUGCCACGCCACCUGGGAAAAGCUCCAGGAAGAAGGGCGAAACGGAGACACUGGAAAAGACCUCAGUGAAAAAACGUAUCAAGCGCUCUGCUGCUAAAAGCGAUUUGCAGGAGCCAGUGGCUUUGCUGGGUGCUGAAACAUCAGAAACAGUACUGAUGGAACAACUGGGAGAAACAAAACGCAAGAAAGCUAAGAAGAACGUUGGGGGACGUGGAAAAGCUUCUAAACCACAUAAAAAGAGGUCAAAGACAAGAGGAUUGAAACGUUCAGCUGAUGAAAGUGAGCAGCAAGAGAUUAUGUGGGCUGCUGCUAUUGCUGCAUCUACUUCAGCAACGAAGGAUGAGGUGCAGUCAAAAGACUCAAACACCGAGGAGCAAGAUGUUGAGACACCAGAAACAGUUGCCCCUCCACCUCAGAAGAGAUCAAAGAAAAAGGAUAAAGUAAAGUCAAAAGGCUCUAAAAUGGAGGGGCAAGAAGCUGUGCAGCCAAAAACAGCUGGCGCUGCACCUGGCCACACAUUACCGGAAGAGGGUAAAGAGCAGUCAGAAGCCUCAGGGAAAGUGGAACAAGUUCUUGAGACGCAGAAAACCUCUACCUCUGUACCUGGGAAAAGCUCCAAAAAGAAGGCUAAGAAGGGAAAGAAUGGUGGCAAGGCAGGAAAGAAAGCUGUCGAACCACAACAAACAAUUGACAGUCCACCUAUGAAGAAGGCAACGAAAAAGCGCAAGACGGCUCUGUCUGGAGGGAAAACAACACCGAAAAAUGUCGGACCACCAGAAACAAGUGCCACGGUACUGGAAAAGGCCUCAGUGAGAAAACAGUCGAAACGUUCUGCUUCUGCUGGUGAACGCUAUUUGCAGACGCCAGUGACAUUUUCAGGCGCUGACGCACCUGCAGCAGCACUGAAGGGUGUAGAAGCCGAAACUGCUACUACUACAGAAGAACCUAGUGGUGAAGUUGGCAGGACUUUGGCCUUACAGCCACGAAAAGAAACAACCAAAGCCACAGAACUGAAGGCGACGGUGCAGUGUGAUAAGAGAGAGAUACCAAAUCAGGGUGCGGAACAAGCUGCAGAACAAAAUUGGGCAGAUCAAGCUGGUGCCCCUUCAGCUGCACAUGAUAUGCCAUCAGCUGCAUCUGAUGUGCCCUCAUUUGCAACUUAUGGGCCAUCAGCUGCACUUGACAUGCCAUCAAUUGAAAGUGGUGCACCCCCCGUACACGCAGAUGCACCUGGCGCAGCUUCAGAUGCACCUACGGCACUUUCAGCGCCUUCAGCUGCACAUGAUAUGCCAUCAGCUGCAUCUGAUGUGCCCUCAUUUGCAACUUAUGGGCCAUCAGCUGCACUUGACAUGCCAUCAAUUGAAAGUGGUGCACCCCCCGUACCCGCAGAUGCACCUGCUGCACAUGACACGCACUCAGCUGAAACUGGCAUGUCCUCAGCGGCAACAGGUGUGCUCUCACCUAUACGUGGUGCCCCUUCACUUGCAUCUGGCAUGCCCUCAACAGCAGAUGUCAGCUAUGGCGCCGAGACAGCAGACUCCUCAAUGGAUGAGGUGCAGUCAAAAGACUCAAACACCGAGGAGCAAGAUGUUGAGACACCAGAAACAGUUGCCCCUCCACCUCAGAAGAGAUCAAAGAAAAAGGAUAAAGUAAAGUCAAAAGGCUCUAAAAUGGAGGGGCAAGAAGCUGUGCAGCCAAAAACAGCUGGCGCUGCACCUGGCCACACAUUACCGGAAGAGGGUAAAGAGCAGUCAGAAGCCUCAGGGAAAGUGGAACAAGUUCUUGAGACGCAGAAAACCUCUACCUCUGUACCUGGGAAAAGCUCCAAAAAGAAGGCUAAGAAGGGAAAGAAUGGUGGCAAGGCAGGAAAGAAAGCUGUCGAACCACAACAAACAAUUGACAGUCCACCUAUGAAGAAGGCAACGAAAAAGCGCAAGACGGCUCUGUCUGGAGGGAAAACAACACCGAAAAAUGUCGGACCACCAGAAACAAGUGCCACGGUACUGGAAAAGGCCUCAGUGAGAAAACAGUCGAAACGUUCUGCUUCUGCUGGUGAACGCUAUUUGCAGACGCCAGUGACAUUUUCAGGCGCUGACGCACCUGCAGCAGCACUGAAGGGUGUAGAAGCCGAAACUGCUACUACUACAGAAGAACCUAGUGGUGAAGUUGGCAGGACUUUGGCCUUACAGCCACGAAAAGAAACAACCAAAGCCACAGAACUGAAGGCGACGGUGCAGUGUGAUAAGAGAGAGAUACCAAAUCAGGGUGCGGAACAAGCUGCAGAACAAAAUUGGGCAGAUCAAGCUGGUGCCCCUUCAGCUGCACAUGAUAUGCCAUCAGCUGCAUCUGAUGUGCCCUCAUUUGCAACUUAUGGGCCAUCAGCUGCACUUGACAUGCCAUCAAUUGAAAGUGGUGCACCCCCCAGCUUCGAUCCAGAUGCUGUGCCAAUGGAAGAGACAAUCAACAUUGAGACAGGACCUGUGUCUGCAACAGGGGGUCAGAUGCCGACAGCUACAUCUUCUGAAACAACUGCUCAAGGUGGACAGGUUAAGGCUAAGACCCAGAGGAUGUUCCUUACUGUAUUUAUGUGCAUGACACCCGACGGCUUCCUUGGUACUGCUAUGCUCGAAGAAUAA